AUGAAGUUACAUGUAGAUGGAGGAGCAGCACAAUAAUUCUUGGGUCGUAGACUAUCAAUUCAUUUCAGUAUUAAUUGAGGCAAAUAUUGAUUGCUGCUGAUGGAAAGCCAUUGAACUCUACUAUCAAUUCUUGUACUUCUAUUUCUGCAGAGAGGAAAAAUGGGCAGGAGCCCAUCUUUUGCCGAUGUGGGACUCAUUAGAGGAGCAUGGUCAAUGCAAGAAGAUGAAGUUCUCAUCAACUACAUCAGAGUCCAUGGAGAAGGCAACUGGAAAAGUCUUGCUCAAAAAUCAGGUUUGAAGAGAUGUGGAAAGAGUUGCAGGCUUAGAUGGUUGAAUUACUUGAGGCCUGGGCUAAAGAGAGGUAGCUUUUCUCCUGAUGAAGAGGAGCUCAUCAUCAAACUUCAUCGUCUUCUCGGUAACAGGUGGGCUUUGAUUGCAGGAAGACUUCCAGGGAGAACCGACAACGAAAUUAAGAACUAUUGGAACACCACCCUUUGUAAGAGGCUGCGAGGAGAUCAUAAAAUAGAGAAGAAGCCGGUGGAUAAUUCUGCAACAUUGGACAGUCCUCAACCCAUUCGACCUAAGGCUUUUCGUUGCCAAAGAGUUAUCAUCUCAACUCAUAAAGAAGAAAGCCAUUUGAUGAAUAAAGAUUCAGACUUCAUCUCUGAAACAGGCCAUCUCCCAAGUACUUCUACUUCAACCUUGCUCCAUGACAGUUCUAUAAACUUCCUGAUGGACUCUUAUGACGUACCAGCAGCUUUGGAUCCAUAUUUCCUGCAGAUUCCUAGCUAUAAGAUGCAAGAAAAUGGUAGUUCUUCUUCUUUUUCUGAUUGUUUUUUGUCAGAAGAUGAACUUUUGGUUCAAAACAGGAUCAGUUAUGAACCUCCUCAGCUCACUUGGGCCUUGGAGCUGAAGAAGGUGGCUUCAUUCUUGGAUUUGGAAGAUGACUGAAAGGAGUCCUGAGGGAAAGAAAUUAACCCAACAAGUCUACCUUGGAACUUCCCAUUUCAUCCAUAAUUGUUGUAACUUGUGAAAUGCUAAUGUGUAGAUUAUUGUGCUUUG